CCCGAGCCGCGGAGCCCACGGAGCCAGUGCGGACGGCGAGCGUCCGUUUCCCGCAAGCAGCGCUUGUAGCCUGGAGGCCCAGGGACCCCUGCGCUCCCCCGCCACGGCGCGCGCCCAGAGCGCGGGAGCCCGGAGCACCGGGCGCCUGGGACCCCGCGCAGCCUCUGGCCAGCCCGCGGGGCUAGGCAGGGAUGCGGGUUGCACUGUGAGCCCGGGCGCCAGGGUCAUGGCCGGCGCCCGCUGCCGGACCCUGUACCCCUUCUCCGGGGAACGGCACAGCCAGGGACUACGCUUCACUGCGGGCGAGUUGCUCACGCUGCUCCAGGUCCCGGACGGCGGCUGGUGGGAAGGCGAGAAGGACGACGGGCUCCGUGGCUGGUUCCCCGCCAGCUACGUGCAGCUGCUGGAGAAGCCUGGGAUGGUCCCCCCUCCGCCGGGAGAGGAGAGCCAGACGGUCAUCCUUCCACCUGGCUGGCACAGCUACUUGUCUCCUCAGGGCCGCCGUUACUAUGUCAACACGACUACCAAUGAGACCACCUGGGAACGGCCCAGCAGUUCUCCUGGGAUUUCAGCCAGCCCUGGCCCUCACAGAAGCUCUGUGCCUCCAACAGUGAAUGGAUACCACGCAUCAGGGACCCCGGCGCACCCUCCAGAGACUGCCCACAUGAGUCUCCGAAAAUCCACCGGUGAUUCCCAGAACCUGGGAUCCUCGUCGCCAAGCAAGAAACAGAGCAAGGAAAACACCAUCACAAUCAACUGUGUGACGUUCCCUCACCCAGACACAAUGCCUGAACAGCAGCUGCUCAAGCCGACUGAGUGGAGCUAUUGCGACUACUUCUGGGCGGAUAAGAAGGACCCACAAGGCAAUGGCACGGUGGCUGGGUUUGAACUGCUGCUGCAGAAGCAACUGAAAGGCAAGCAGAUGCAGAAAGAGAUGUCUGAGUUCAUCCGGGAAAGGAUUAAGAUUGAAGAGGAGUAUGCAAAGAACCUGGCUAAGCUCUCUCAGAACUCCCUGGCUGCCCAGGAGGAAGGAUCCCUGGGAGAGGCAUGGGCCCAAGUGAAGAAGAGCCUGGCAGAUGAGGCUGAAGUUCAUCUCAAGUUCUCCGCCAAGCUCCACAGCGAGGUGGAGAAACCACUCAUGAACUUCCGUGAGAACUUCAAGAAGGACAUGAAAAAGUGUGACCACCACAUUGCUGACCUCCGCAAGCAGCUGGCCAGCCGCUAUGCCUCGGUAGAGAAGGCUCGCAAAGCCCUCACAGAGCGGCAGAAAGACCUGGAGAUGAAGACCCAGCAGCUGGAGAUCAAGUUGAGCAACAAGACUGAGGAGGACAUCAAGAAGGCACGACGGAAGUCCACGCAGGCUGGAGAUGACCUCAUGCGCUGUGUGGACCUCUACAACCAGGCCCAGUCCAAGUGGUUUGAAGAGAUGGUGACCACCACACUGGAGCUGGAGCGGCUGGAGGUGGAGAGGGUGGAGAUGAUCCGACAACAUCUGUGUCAGUACACACAGCUGCGCCAUGAGACAGACAUGUUUAACCAAAGCACAGUCGAGCCCGUGGACCAACUGCUACGAAAAGUGGACCCAGCCAAAGACAGGGAGCUCUGGGUCCGAGAGCACAAAACAGGCAACAUUCGCCCAGUGGACAUGGAAAUCUAGACCUGCUUGUGUGGUCCUGGGG